AUGGAUUCGGCAAGUAAAGAAAAAAUAUCAUUUAACUCUAAAAUCCAUUGCGUCUAUACAUCGGUUGGUAUUAAUCAUUUCUCUGGAUGCAGUUCUAUCAUAGCUGUCAAGUCAUCAAAUAAGUCAACAGUUGAAACUAUAUUGGCAUUCGGUUCUAGUCACUUUAUAUGCUUAGCUAGAUCCUACUCUUAUCUAGAUGAUGAAAUAAUUAAUUUGAAUACAGAUUUUUCUCAGGACAAUUUUCGUGUUUAUCAAACGUUAUCUGGUCACAAUUCUGAUGUGAGAUGUGUACGGUGGUUGGACUGUUGUUUUCAUAACAAAGGUUCAUCACAAGCUUAUCAACACGCUAUGUGUUUUCUAAUGUCGGCUGAUAGUUGUGGUCUAGUGAUAAUUUGGGCCUGUCCAACUGAAAGUUUAAGCUAUCCUAAUGAAAGAGAAAACUGGCAUAUAAUUAAUAAAUUCCAGACUCCGAAUAACUCCAUAAUAAAUUCAAUUGAUGGUUACAUUUUCCCUUCAUCAGAAAAUGAUUGCUCGUGCUCAGGGACGUUAUUCCUGUCAGCUGCAGCGGAUACAUCAGUUCAUAACUGGUCUGUUCAUGUUUCACAGAAUCUGCUUACAAAUAAAUCAAUUUUAUUACCAUGUAUUUUAAUCAGUAAUAUCACACGAAUUCCAUCACUUUGUCUGUGUCUCAGACGUUUUUGUUUAAAAUAUAAUUUCCAAACGUCCGAUGACAAUAUUGACGUAUCUUGGCUCCAUUUUAUUGUUCUCGGUCUUGACAACGGACAGACAGAAAUAUGGUCAGGUCAUCUGGUCAAUGGUCAAAAUGAAAACGUUAAAAGUCUAAACUUCACAUUAGGCACUACCAUUUCUGGGCAUCAAGAUUGGACUAGAUGUGUUGAUGUAUGUAUUGACCAUGAGCUGACAUUUCCUGUUGUACUGAUUGUUACAGGUGGUCAAGACAAUAUUGUUCGAAUAUGGCGUUUAUAUUAUCCAGAAAACGAUAACAGUGUAACAAAUCCUGGGCAUGCAAAGGCCAGUAGUCUUCAGCUUCCUGAAUGGUUUGCCACUAAUAACAUUCGUGUGUGCGUAGCGCCAGAAAGUGUCUUAGCCAGCCAUGAAAAUUGGGUCACUGGUGUUCGCUGGGGACCAACAAUAAACGGUUUAUUCCCCCCUAAUUUGCUUACUUGCAGUAUGGAUAAAUCAUUAAUCAUUUGGCAGCCUCCUAGUGAAAAUGCUUUAGAUUCAUCGGAUAUGUGCAGUUUAUGGAAAGAAAAAGCCCGAUUAGGACAUUUUGGCGACACCGGAUUGAGUCUAAUGGACUGUCACUGGUUCCCCAACGACGGUCACAAAGUAUUUGUACACACCUUUCAAGGAAGUAUUUCAGUCUGGUGCCAAUCUGAUAAAGACUUUUGGCUUCCAGCAUUGCCGUUAACAGGACAUGUCGGACCUGUAGCUGAUUUAAGUUGGAUGUCAACAUUCCCUGAGGAAAAUUUUAAAGAUUUUGACUCAUACACUUAUCUUCUAACUGCAGGAUUUGAUCAAACAGUCCGUUUACAUGCAUGCCAACCAAACACCAGUAAUGAAGAAAAAGAACUAAUUCAAGAAUUUUGGUUCGAAUUAGCUAGACCACAAAUUCAUGGUUAUGAUAUGAAUGCAAUCGCUAGUAUUUCACCAAUAUUUUAUGUAUCAGCUGGUGAUGAAAAAGUUGUUCGUGUAUUUACCACUACUAAAGAUUUCUUAAACUCUUUUAAAAAACUAUACAAAUCAUCAUCAAUUUGUUCAAAACUGGAUAAAAUUCUUGCGGAUAGUUUAAUACCCACAGGUGCUGUACAACCACCACUCGGUCUUUCAAAUCAAAUUGUAGCUAGUCCAUCUAACAGUAAUGAUAAUAAUGUCAUUGACAAUCUCGAUAAUGUUGAAGACAACAGUAAUCGCAAUGAAUAUGUCAAUAAUAAGGAAAAAGAAAAUCUGGAUAAAGUUUGUACAUCUAAUGAACUUCCUACAGAAGAUCGUUUACAACAUGCAACACUAUGGCCAGAGGUGAAAAAGUUGUAUGGUCAUCCUUAUGAGAUAUACUGUUUGGCAGUUCAUCCACGCCAAUUUCUCGUAGCCUCCGCUUGUACGGCAUCAAAACCUGAAUAUGCCCAUAUUAUAUUGUGGGAUGGUAAUUCUAAUUGGCGUAUACACCAGCGUUUGCAACAUCAUCAGUUGACGGUUACUCAAUUAGCAUGGAGUCAUGAUGGAACUAGGUUAUUGGCUGUUUCAAGAGAUCGUACAUGGAGUUUAUGGUCUGAACAACUGAUGAAUAGCGCGGCAGAAGAAACGAAUCACCAACUUCCAAACUACAUCCUAUCUGCUUAUCCCAUUAAAGGUCAAAGUCAUUCAAGAAUAAUUUGGACUUGUGCAUGGAGUCCAGAUGAUAAAAGAUUCAUUAGAAUUUCUAUGGCUAGAUUGAAAAUAUUCUCUGGUGUUUUGAGAAUACAAUUAUCGUUACGUCAUUAUUGAAAGAGUAUAUUGAUAAAACUAAUGUAAUCGCAAAUUCCGUUCAAUGCAAAAAAUUAUAUUCAAUGGUGUAAAACUAGUUCUUCUGUCAAGAACCACAAAUUCUCGACCUGAAUAAUUGUGACAGUUUUAAAAUAUAUUGACAGGAGGGUAAUAAAAGCGAUCUGAGUAAGCCAUCUCCCCCCACACGUCGUACUUAGUUUUUUUAACACAGAAUAUGUUUUAUAUUAUUGAUUCACGCUUGUAUGUGAUUUAUUAAUCUGACUUAACAAUCAGAUGUGAUAAUCACUUCGUUUAAAACUUAUGGAUUACUUUUAGUCUCAUAUUUUCAACGCAAUAAAAUCAUCUGUAUCCAUGAAUUUCGAAACUAAAUGAGUUUAGUUUGUAUGAUAAAAAACUAAUUGAUUUGUUAUAAAUUUUCUCAACGUGUUUCCAUUGUCAUUUGAUCGUUAACUCGAUUUCAUAAAUCUGUAUUUAUUUAAUACACUAACGUUUGUGCUCUAUUGAUCAUACAUACUAUUGCUCUUACUCUUUAAAUUUCAAGAUACUUUUUCACAGGAUCCAGAGACUCAUCAAUUUAUUGCUGGAAUGCUACUGUCAAAGUACAGAAAUCAACGGACCAUCUGCCUCCUGAAGCUCUUCGUCGAUUAGAUACAUAUAAAGAACUUGGAAAAUCGGUAACAGCCAUCGAUGUUUGCGAAAGUUUUAACUCAGAAUGCUCGUCUAAUCUCCAUUCGUAUCUAAUGGCUGUUGGUUUAGAAUCCGGUAACAUAAUAUUGCUUAAAUUAUGUGAAACAGGCUCAUCUGAACGCUUUUUCACAUGGUCGAUUGUUUUAAAUUUCCCUCCAGAUUGGUGCCAUGUUCCAGGCAAAAGGUUACGGCGAAUUUCGUUUUCACCACAGAAAAAUAAUUACCUCAAAACAUCAAUUAAAUACAUGGCGACAUCUGGUGAUGAUGGAAUAGUUCGAAUUUUUAAAAUAAACAUUAAAUUAUUAUAAUGUUGUGUAUUUAUAUUCACUUGAAAUAAAACCAGCUUUGAUUUUUAUUUUCAUACUGUAUGAUUUUAAUCCAAUAAAGUUUGCUAACUUG